AUGGCCGCUGACGCCACGUGCAACGCCAGCACCAGCAGCGGCUGCUGCCGCUCCGACAGCAGGACGAGCGACGCUGCAGCCGCCGCUGCAGGCGCAGCAGCGGCUGCAGCGGCUACAGCGGCUACAGUGGGUGAUCUGCAUGGGAAUUUGGGAAAACUGCGUUCCCUCCUCCGGCGCAUGCAUUAUCCAGCAGCAGCAGUGGCAGCAGAAACGGGGUCCGAGUGGUGCGGCAGUGGCAGCGAGCAAGCAGCAAUCGUCUCAGGCGCUGUGGAUGCGCUUCUGCCCAUCCUGCACUUCGCCCUUUGCGACUUCAGCGCAAACGUGCACUCCUUCCUCCUCCGCAGAGGAUUCGAAUUCCUCUUCAAGUCUGACCGACGGUUCGUAGAGGAAGUUUGGAAAUUUCUGCGCCAGGAAUGUGGAUAUCGCCCCCUUCUGACUCCCUCUCAGUUCCUCACGCCUGCAGGAUUCGCAGAAAGGAAGCUGCUGCUGUGCUGCGACCUCCUCAGCAUCGUAAGGGCAAUCCACAAUCAAGUUCAGACGGAGAGGCGGAGAACGAAGCCUUUGCAGCAGUUGCUCGUGCGGCAGCCAGCUCUGCAGACUGCUGCUGACGUCCAUCAAGUUGCACUCCUGCAGCAGCAGCAGAACCCCCUCCGCCCUCCCCAAGAGGCGCUAGAAGCCGUUCCUCUUGGCGCGAGAGUGAGCAACAGCAGCAGCGUCAUCACCUUCAUGCGACCCCCGCCGAAAACGCAGCAGGCGCAGCAGCAGGAGCAGCAGCAGAAGCGCCAACAACAACACCUCGGAUCAGGCAGCAGGAGCGGCAGCGCCCCCACUGCAGCACAAGCAGCAGCAGCUGCUGCUUGUGCUUCCCAGGAAGCGCAGAGGGGUGUCUCUGCACGACUGCAGAAUGCUUCUUCCAUCGACACUUCCGCCUUACAGCUGACCUCGCACAUGCAGGCAGCCUUGGAUCAGGUAGUUGCUCAACUGAGAGCCCUCGAAGAACGCAUCAUCGCAAUCGAGAGGCAGCAGCAGCAGCAGCAGCAGACAGCAGCAGCAAGUGCAACAGCUGCAUUCGCAACUGCAGCAACAGCAAGCGCCUCAACAACAGCUUGCUCCGAACUACUACCACCUCCCCCCUUACCGUCACCCUCUUCACCACUAUCCGCAGAGACUGUUGCGCCUCCGGCUGUAUCGACAUUCGCCGAUAUGGCAGCUGCAGCGUCCUCAGACACGAAAGCUCCACCCUUGCCAGCAAGCACAGCUGUGCCCACAGACUCCACCGUCACAGAGGGCUCGGCUGCAGGCACAAAGGGGGGGAAUGGAGGGGGAGCUCCCUUCUUGGGCGCUGCCAUCAUAGCCAGCGGCAAUGCCUCCGUCGUGCCUGUAUGGCCAUCCUACUUGCAACUUUAG